AUGUCAAGCUCGACUUCCUCUACCAGCCCCACCCCAUCUCAGCCGCUGGUACCACCGUUUUUCACCGGAAAAUCGAGAAAUCCGAUCCGUUUUGACCCACUUUUCUCAACGCUCGUGCGGGGGAUUCCGGGAACCAAAUCUUUCGAAUUUGGUUUCGGCCUCCGAUUCCGGCCACUUCCGUCGAUUCUUUGGGGUUUGUCCAAGAACAAAGUGACUCCAAAAUAA